AUGCGUGAAGCUAAGAAAGUUUACUACAAAAGCAAAUUUGACAAACAUCAAAACAAUCCAAAACAGGCUUGGAGGACGAUUAAUGAUAUCCUUGGGAGAAAUAAGAAGGACACAAUGAUUAACGAAUUAAAGCUAGGAAAUGAUACAAUUACUUCUCCUAUGAGAAUGGCUAAUUGUCUUAAUGACUAUUUUACAAGUAUUGGUGGUAAAAUUGGAGACUCCUGCUCUGAACACACUCAGAAUUUAAAUUUUGGCAGGCAUAUGAGUGAUAAUCUAAAUACUAGUUUGGAAUUUACUUUGCAUCCUGUUAACGAAUCACAG